CUGCGUAUUUUGUGUUCAUUGAAAUCAUAAAGAAUGAGUGACUCUGAAGAAGUUUGGACAGAUUGGGAUCCCAUAGCUCAGCACUAUUUUGACGAGACUUCAAACAAAUAUGAAAGGGUCAACGUAGCGCCAGCUAAAGAUAAUGAUAAACUGGAUCGGAUUUCUAAGCAACAGCAGUACCCAUAUUUGAUUAUCAAAAAGAAAAAUCCAUUUAUAACGGAGAAUUUGUUAAAAAAUUAUUUUGGCGAUAUUAUCUAUGACAUAGAAUUUCUGCCAGGAUCACGCGAGUAUCUCGUUUAUUUUCAUAACAUCGGAUCUCUUGAGGCGGCAUGGACAAAGUUUCGUCAGUUUCCGAAUAUAGUGCAUUGUGUUGAGGGCCGCGCACAAAAAAGUAACUCAACAUCAUGGAAGGAGAGGGAACUAAAUAAUGUAGUUGAGCUGCCGCCUCCCUCUAGUGAACCAAAUUCCAUUAACUUGGAGUCUCGCACGAUUAUGAUAUCGGCGAGCAAGCAUAAACAUCCGGAAUUCACGAAGGCACCCAUAGUCGUUAGAUCUGACUAUACUAGAAAAGGCUCUCAACUGGCCGACAACGACGGGAACUAUCGCUAUUUAAGUGUGAAAUAUGAGUUUAUGCUGGAGCGACAUGGAGCCUAUGUCUUGGAACAGAGUAUUGAGAAGGAUCAAGCUGUGCUUUACUUUCGAUCCGGGCGUUCAAUAAUUAGGCCCAAAAUCCAGCUUGAGGCUAAGCCAGCCCAAGUUGAAUCACAGCUGGAGAAGCUGGCUAAGAAAUGUUUGUCAUGCAAAUGCUACACGGACAUUAGUUGCAAAUUCUGUCAGAUGCCCUUCUGCAAUACCAUCUGUUUCGACGCCCUGGCCGUUGCGCACAAGGAGAGAUGUGGCAAAGGCAGUCCACCCGAGAUUGACGAUGCCAUUAUUUCUGAAUUUUCAAAGAUACAGCUGCCGCCGUCCGGCUCUAACGUAAAAAUCUCUGCUUUCGAGCAGACCAAUGUCUUAUAUGUGCGCUCAGCUGAAAUUGGGGAUGAGAUUAGCUACUAUAAAGUGCUGUCAGAUGUGAUGUUGCAUGGUAAACAGGCAUCCAAACUGACGAAAAUGCCACAAUGCGGCGAAAUUGUCAUCUACAAAUCUAGCGUUCAAAUUGUGCGGGCUAUGGUCUUGAAUGUCGACAAUCCACAGGCCAUAUAUGUGGUGUGCGUGGAUUAUGGCAAUGUGGAGAUCACAACGCUGGACACUCUGUACGAGUGUACUGCCUAUUUGGCGGGCUUGCCGCGCUAUGCUCUGCCUGUCUUGUUGCGCGCCGUGCCUAGACGGUUCAUGUCGCCCAAUAUACGCAGCAUGCUAUAUGAGCUAGACCACACAUAUACGUUUGUGCUGAAGUACUCGAAGCGUGAUUUUGACUUUGACAAGGGAAUGCAACGCGUCGUUCUUAUUGAGAGUGAACUGAAUCGCAGCCUAAAUCGUUUGAUUAACAUAAUUAUCAAUCCAGUGGAGCCAUCGAUCUCAGAAAUUGGCUAUAAAGAAGAUUAUCUGCAGCAUGUCCAUUUGCCAACAGGCAAGAAUAUCGAAUUGGUUGUCAUGGACAACACAUUUAUCAAAUUUGGCGUCAUUCACUGCACAAUUCUUGAUUAUGCAUACGAAAUAACUUCCAUGCAGCGCAAUAUUCAGCACUAUGGCGAAUCCAUAGCCAAAUGUAAAUCCUUUGCUGCGCCUAAAAAUGAACUGUGUAUUGCCAAAUAUGAGGGCAAAUGGUGCCGAGGCGUUUGCAUGGAACUAGUUGGGGAUGGUUAUCCAAGCAUCCUGUUCAUAGACUAUGGAAACAUUGCGCCAGUCAAUGUGGAUGACAUACGCCCAUAUCCACCACAAUUCACAUUUCCUAUCUUAACUACUGAGUAUGAAUUGCUGGACAUGCCCGACGAUAUAACCGAGGAGCAAUUGGCCCAUCUUGAAACGCAUUUGGCACUUGGAGCCAUUAUCAACUGCGAUGAGGUUAUUUACAAUGAACUGGAUAAUAACUACUCACUGCGCAUAGACGUUGUGCAGAAACUUACAAUGGGAAACUAAUAAGUUAAGACCAUGAAUAUCUUUAUAUAUAUAUACACGUAUGUAUGCCAUAUUGAAAAUUUUUAA